CCAAACGUCGGAACGGUGCGCGUGUGGCGUGGCAAUGGGGUCUCGCGCAUAAACCCCUAAAAAAAACAAAAAACAACCAUACCAGGCAGGAGCGCGCGCGGCGUGUCCGUGGGUUACUGCGCGAGGAGCUGAGGCGGGGCGUUAUUACAACCGACCCCCUUUUUCCCUCUCUCUCUCUCUAUCUCUACUGGGGUCCAAGUUCAAAGUUUGUACGUGUUUUCUUUUUUUCUUCCUCCGCUGUACGUACCGGAAAGCAGGCGCGCGCUCUGUUUUAUUUGAUCGCACGCGGAUAAGAUCGGUCUGACGCGUCUCCGCGUUUCUUCUCCUCCACGCCUCGGUGUGUGCUCGCGCUGGCGCCAACUUCUCGCCAUAGGAAUGAGAUAAACGCACGCGCACAUCCAUACAUACACAUGAACACACGCGUUUGCGAAAAAAAUAGAAAAGAGGAAAGUUCCGGGGAAGCGGAGUGGAGAGAGUAACGAGCAAGCGCGAGGACGAGACAGAAGAAGAAAAACACACACACACACGGGAUAAAGAGAAAGUUGCACGGUCCGGAACUGAAGUGGAUUAAAGUGGAGCCACGAGACAUGAACAACAACAACGAGACCGCAAACAAAAGCGCUGCACAAGACUGCUAACGAUAAAUAAACAACAACAACAAUAAUAAUAAUAAUAAUAAUAACCCCGCUCGAGCGUGCGCGCGCGUCCCUACUGCGCUUUCCGUCUUCGUUUUAUUACCUGGCACGCGCUGAAUAGUAUCCUAACUUUACUGUCCUAAACACGAGGAACUUUUACAUUGUCUCACAGUACCGUGUGUGUUACAUUAAUGCACGUGCACGCGGGAAAGAAAGAAAGAGAGGAAACAAAACGCUUGACGGAAACGAGAGGAGGAAAAAAACACGGUCACGGAACCUCGGUGAGGAAGAGGAGCACACACUGAUGUGAAGAAGGAAUGCAAAAGAACUCUGUGAUGGAGUCCACAGUAAGCACGUCCACGCAGGUGCCCGAUGAAUACGACCGGAACGUUCCGCGGAUCUGCGGUGUGUGUGGAGACAAAGCUACCGGCUUCCACUUUAAUGCCAUGACCUGUGAGGGCUGCAAGGGCUUCUUCAGACGCAGUAUGAAGCGCAAGGCCAGUUUUACGUGCCCUUUCAGCGGGAGCUGCAGCAUCACUAAAGACAACCGGCGUCACUGCCAGGCCUGCAGACUCAAACGCUGUCUGGAUAUUGGCAUGAUGAAGGAGUUUAUCCUGACCGACGAGGAGGUGCGGAGGAAGAAAGAUCUGAUCCAGAAGAGGAAGGACGAGGAGGCGCAGAAAGAAGCUCAGAAGCCCCGUCUCUCUGAGGAGCAGAGCGCCAUCAUCUCCAUGCUGGUGGAGGCACAUCACAAAACCUACGACGACUCGUACUCCGACUUCUCCCGCUUCCGACCUCCAGUGAGACAGGGUCCUGUUACACGCAGUGCCAGUCGUGCUGCUUCUCUACACUCACUGUCCGACACUUCCUCCGACUCCUUCCGCCACUCUCCUGAUUCGGCGGAUGGGAAGCUCAACCUGAGCAGUAUGUUGAUGAUGUAUCAGGGGCAGGGUUCUAGUCCUGACUCUAAGGAGGGAGAUAGUUCUCGCUUGUCCAUGCUGCCUCACCUGGCCGAUCUGGUCAGCUACAGCAUCCAGAAGGUCAUCGGAUUUGCCAAGAUGAUCCCCGGAUUCAGAGAGUUAACAGCGGAGGAUCAGAUUGCUCUGCUGAAGUCUAGUGCCAUUGAGGUGAUCAUGCUGAGGUCCAAUCAGUCCUUCAGUCUGGAGGAUAUGAGCUGGUGCUGCGGGGGGCCCGAGUUCAAGUACUGCAUCAAUGAUGUCACUAAAGCUGGCCACACUCUGGAGCUGCUGGAGCCGCUGGUGAAGUUCCAGGUGGGGUUGAAAAAUCUGAAUCUGCACGAGGAGGAACACGUGCUGCUGAUGGCCAUCUGCCUGCUGUCCCCCGACCGCCCCGGCGUGCAGGAUCACGAGCGUGUGGAGACUCUACAGGAGCGUGUCUCCGAGGUCCUCCAGGCAUACAUCCGAGUCCACCACCGCGGACGUCUGCAUUACGCCAAGAUGAUCCAGAAGCUGGCGGAGCUGCGCAGCCUGAGCGAGGAACACUCGAAGCAGUACCGCACGUUGUCCUUCCAGCCCGAGCACAGCAUGCAGCUCACACCACUCGUCCUCGAGGUGUUUGGCGGACAGGUCACCUAGAGGUCAGAGGGAGCGUGUAGGGCGUGGAUGCAUGGACAAUCACCCUGAGACACACACACAGAGCCUGGGGAGUGACGUGUGUGUGUGUGUGUGUGCGCUUGUGGGUUCUAGAUCAGAAGGGUGUUUUUAGCACCAUCACAGUGUGCAGCGCAAAGCUUUUAUUCCAUUAACGUUAACAUACAGUACUACACUACAGGUGUAGCUGUGUGUGUGUGUGUGUGUGUGUGUGUGUGUGUGUGUGUGUGUGUGUGUUUUCUAGCUCUGCUUGGUCCACUACUGCUGUCUCUUUUCACCUCCUACCUUUAAAGUCCACACAGUCCAGCCACUCGACCAAUCACCAGCUCUGAUUGGCUGCUGGAAGGAAAAAGCACAAAAUCAGGUUUGUGCAUAAUGCAUAAAUUAUUAUUUAUUUUUAAAAAAAAAAGAAAAGGAAAAAAAAAGUAAACAUCUAUAGUAUCGAUAACGGUGUCCAGUUUAUGUUUUAGAAAUUGCAGAAAAAAAUGUCAUUUACCUCACUGAAAUAUUUAGAACUCAUUUGAAUAUUUGCAUUUGAAUAUUAAUGAGUCUGUAAUUAUACUACAUUACUCUAACACUGCAGAUUCGUUUUCUAUAAGAAUCCACCUUUAUACUGGAAUAAUAUUAAACUAGUGAUAGCAUAGAUUCGUGUUCACUAUGUGUGCCCACUACAUAGCGUAUUAUAAUCAGGUGAUAUACGUCACGUAGAACAUCAUAAAGAUACAAAAAACAUUUAAAUAUGCAAAUUAUAUUGUAAUAAUGGACACGUUUAUUUAGAUUAAACAACACACGAGUCAUUUAGUCAAAUUUAGUAAAUGACUCCGAGUCAUUUAGUCAGAUUUACCGUCAGAUAUCUACACGUUAUGAAAGUUUGUGUUGUUGGUUUUUUUUAAUGAUGGAUAUUAAUAUUUUCAAACAUUUUUUAAAACAAGCUACUCACGAUGCCUAAAGAAUUGAUUUCUGAUCACACUUUUGACUCGCUGAAUCAAAUGCAAUAGGAUCAAGAAGUCUUCCGGUUUUCUUUGUUUGUUUUUCACCUCACAGUAUUUACGUUAGCUAGCGUAGUAUAGUCUCUACUACGUUACUCUCGCAUUUCAGGGUUUUUUUUGUUUUGUUGUUUUAUUCAUUAAAAUCCAAAAUGACUUCUUGUUCACUGUGUGUCUACUACAUAGAGUAUAACCGGGUGGUGUACCAUCUAGAGCAUACCAAAUUCAUUCAUAAAUACAUAUGGUCAUAAAUCUUGUAAUGAUUUAGCGCCUCUCCUGUAUCAAACAACACACGAGUCGUUUAGUCGAAUUGAGUAAAUGAUUCAGAGUCAUUUAAUCAGAUUUAUUUUCAGAUAUUUGCAUAAUAUAAACAUUUGGGAUUUUUUUAAUGAGCAAAAUGUUUUAAAAUCAGUAAGUCAUAAAUUAUAAAAAAAAAAAAAAGUAUAAAAACAUAAUGCAUAAUCAAGAUGCUUGAGGAAUCGAUUUGUAAUAAAGUGAACCAAAUCUGAGUAAAUGACUCUGAGUCGUUUAGUCAUGUUCACCUUUCUAGGUAUGUGGGUGUUUUUUGUUUUGUUUUUUUUGUUUUUUAUGAUUGAUAAAUUUGUGUUUUAAAAGCAGUAAUUGAUCGUGGACAAACCAUCAUUCAUAAUCAGGAUGCCUGAGGAAUUGAUUUCUAAUCACUUUAUGACUCACUGAAUCAAAUCUCACUAAAUGACUCGGUCAUUUAGUCAGAUUUAGCUUCAAACGUUCAAAUAUAUUAUGGGAAUUUCUAUUUCUGUGAUGUAUAUACACGGUAGUGCAUUUUAAAAGCAGAAAGCCAUAGUGGAAAAACGCAGUCUAUAGUUCAGAUGCCUGAAGAAUCGAUUUCUGAUUGCGUUAUAACUCACUGAAUCAAAUCAGGAAUCGGGUCUCUAGAAAAUUUCCGAUUUCUUUGCUCCGUUUUUUGCGGUGUGUAGAGAGUGAGUGAUGUAAUGAGAUCUGUGUGGACUGCUAUGUGCUUCGUCAGCGUUUAUCGCUGAGCUUAAAAGCGUGUAAAUAUGACUAUAUAUCCUUUAAAGCAGUAUUCUUAGAACCUACACGUAUAAUCUUUACCUCUGACCUGCGAUGUGUAUGUAGAACCAAGUUCCUCUUUAAGCUGAAUUUAAGGUCUGAUCGGCGUCUGACCUCUCGGGGGUUUUACGGUCUAAUUGUCGUUUCAUUAAUAACGCUGUUGUAGCUAACAGUGACGUGUUCAAGCUUUGGAACGAUGAUGUAGCGUCAUGCUUCAGAACGCAUGCUUCGUUCCCCUGAUCACCGCCGUUGAUUCGCUCGUUGUUGCUGUAGAAUCUCCUGAUAAACGUGGAGAAAAUCGCCUUGAGGCUGCUUGGGAAAAUUCUUCUCCAGAGUUAAAUCUCUCGCCAGUGGAUCCGCCGUGUGUGUGUGUGUGUGUGAGUGAGUAUGAUACGUAAGAAUGUAGAGGUAUUUAUCUCAUUUAGAUUGGAAGUCUAAGGGCAGAUGUAGGCAAAAAAAGCUUUCAAAUAAUCUAUGAAAAACAACUUUUGCUAAAAACAAAACAUUGCAACUAUAAAUUAAUUUUGGUUUUAUUGAUUGAUUUUUUUGUUUUACUUUUUUUUAUAUCAUUUUGAGUAAAAGAGUUAGCUAGAUACAGCUAACUAGCCACAGGAGCAACUUCUGAUCAGUUCGUGUUGUUAGUUAAAUCUUACCAUGGCAACGACUUUUGACAAAAUUUGUCAAAAUCAUGAUAGCUAGCUAAGUGUUACCAUGCGAACUGUAUUCAGCAACCUACAAACCUGUCAAAUAGCAAUUUGGCUAACAUUGGCUAGUUAAAUAUUACCAUGGUGACAUCAUCUGAUAAUCUAGAAACGUGUCAAAUAAUGAUACGUUAGCUAGCUAGCUAAAUGUUACCAUGGGAACGACUUCUGUCAAAUGUGUCAGAUUUAGUUUGUUAUUUGAUAAACCUUUGCCAAAAUUUUUGCUUUAUUUUUCCCCCAUGAUCUUAUUUGGUUAAAAUACUAGCUAGCUAACUCUAAAUAACCUCAACGACAUUUAUUGCCAACUGGCAUUCUGACCUGUCAGAUCAUUUAGCAUGAGCUGGCUAAAUGUAACCAUGGGAACGGUGUAUGAUACCAUCAGACUCCUGUACUUCGGCUGUCUGAAUAUAACCACGGGAACGACUUGUUGUAAAUAACAAACCUGUAAGGCCAUGUUAUGCGUUAUAGCUAGCUCAAUGUAAACAUGGGAACGGAUUUUGUUAAUCUGAAAAAUGCAUUUUAACUGUUAUGUUAGCUCGUUAAAUGUAACUAUUUAAGGAACGACAUUUAUUAAUCCAUGAACUAUACCAGUUGUGCUGCAUUAGCUAGCUAAAUGUAAUGUAGCUAAAUGGAAACGACUUUCGCUAGUCCAUCAAAUACUCCGAUUUCGACUGAAACCAUGGGAACUAUCUACGCCGAUAUACGAUCCUGUCAGAUGGCGGUAUAAUAUUAGUUAGCUAGCUAUAUGUAACCAUGGAAAUACUUUACGCUAGUUUACAAACCUGUCAGGUCGCAUUAUACUCUUAUCUUAGCUAGUUCAGCAUAACCAUGGCAACACUUCUGGCUCAUUUAACCUCCGCCAGCAAGACGUACAAAAAUGCUUUAUCAAUAUUUCAAUUUACAGAUUAAACAUGACGAAAUGUGAAACGUAAAAAGAGCCACACUGUUAACACGAGAUUAUGGUAAUGUUUUAUGUUUUAAAAAUAGCAUCUGCCCCUUGACUUGUAUUAUAAGUCUUUAAAUUCCUGUCCAUAUUUUACACACACACACACACACACACACACCCCCACACACGUGAGACACAGUGGAGUGAGAUUAGAGUGAUGAGUGAAAACGCAAGAGUUUGCCUUUAACAGGCUUUUAAAGGAUUUGCUGCUCUCCGAUUGGUUAAAUGAAGCUGUGUAACGUUAUUGCGUCUCGUAUCGCCAUUUCUAUCCUGUUUUUGUUCUAGAAUGUUAUAAAGCUGUUAUAAUAAGCUGCUUCCUGGGUUAACGUGUACGCCUGUUGUUUCUAAGUCGGGUCGCUAGUAAAUGAGGUGGUUAACGAGGACGGCCUCGGACGAGGCGCUCGAGGAUCUGUGACGCGUUCAGAGGCGGAGUUUAUUCUCCAGUUCGUCUGUUUAUGGCUCGCAGACUUGUUCGUGUUCCGUCGCCCGCUUCCGGAGGACGUCUUGUGGUUCCGUAGGGGUGUGUGGGUGAGAUGGAAAGAGGGUGUGGUCGGGUCACCGUGGUGAUGGCAGGCUGAAGCUGCUCGGCCGUCUAGGCUCAGGGUCGAUGGCAGAAUGUUUCAUUGCUUUUUUAUUAAAAACAUAUAUUAAGAUGGUUCAACGCAUAAGGAAAACUAAGACUACCUGGAGACUGUGUGUGGGUGGGUGAGUGUGUGUGUGUGUGUGUGUGUGUGUGUGUGUGUGUGUGUGUGGGGCGGGGGGGGUGGGUAUAGCAAGACUUUUAAGCACUUAUGUAUUCACUAUGUAUAUUGAUAUUUCUAUUUGGGCGUGACAGACUAGGGGGUGUGUGUGUGUUAAUGAUAAAGAAUGGAGUUUUAAAACCCAGUCCAGAGUUAUUUGCAAAAUAUAAUUUAGUCCAGGCACUUACAAAAUUGAACGUUCAAAUUCUGAUCCAUGAAUGUCGGUUUAAAUUAAUGAGCUUUUACUUGUAUUAUUAUUAUUAUUAUUAUUAUUAAUAUUAUUUAAAAAAAAAAAUACUCCUCAUUUAUUCAUAUUUCAGUCAUAUUUAAAUGUAGGGCUGCACAGAUCGUUAUAUUGUAAGAUUUAUUAAAGAUAAUUGACGGUGAUGUCAGUGAGAGAACUGUCUAAUCUGUUCAUAAGGACUCUGGUGCAUUAAUGCUACGUUCACUGGCUCCUCAAUUCUUUGUGAUUCGAUAAAGUUUUUUUUGCGUUCGGAAAGCCGGAUCUGUUUUCUGUUUUAGUAUCUUUCUACAAAAAAAAAACCUAACAAAAAAGAAGUAGCAAAAAAAGUAAAAAAUGUCUGUAUAAUGAUCUGUUCUAGAAGUCUAAUCGUAUCUGUAGCCUAAUCGGUGAAGAUUUAAGGACAGUUUUCUUUAAAAAAUGAAAGAAUUAUCGACUGUUAAACAGUGAAACCAUUUUUUUUCUCCACCAAUUUGAAAACUUGUAGAAGUGACACGCUCAUGAUUGUUUUUGAUGUUUUUGUUUGUAAUUAAAAUCUACACUGACGUUCCAGCUCGAUCGUUAACUCAGAAACUUUACGAUAAUUCUUGAACGCAGCAUUAAUCACAAGUCCCCCAGUUUAUUUUAACAUGUUUAACGUAUUUAUCAUAUUGGCCAAUCACAGCGCGCUCUGCAGACACCAGGCACUUUCAUUGGUCUACAUGGACGAUACUAAAGAUCUGAUCAGAGUUGGAAACUUGUAAGUCGGAAUUGUUUAUGCGUGAUUUUGCUUUGAAGUUGAACGAAGAUACAUUUGUGUCUAAGGCUUUAAAAGCGCGCAACUUAUCUUUUUAAAACAGCAUUUUAUAUUAAAUGAAUGCAUUUGAGAACGUAAACAGGGUCACACGGCUGGAGCACCGCAGCACAGAUUUGAUUGGUCCCCGUUUCAGCCAAUCAGCAGUCAGGAAAAGGGUUUGUUCCUAAAUCGAAUCUGAACCGUGUCUGGGACGGCACUACGUAGAACCUUUUAAUGGUUCACAUGCGACAAGGUGAAGAAUCCUUUAGGAAAUCUUUAUGGAAGAGUUUAUAUAUUUUUAAUUCUUUUUUUUUUUUUUAAUCGAAUGCUACAUUAGACAGUUUUUUGCAGAAAUGAAAUGUGAUGCAAUAAUCAUAAGAACUGAAUGGGUCAGGACCGUGUUCUCCACCUGAGGGUGGGGUGCUGAUACUUUUAGGAAAGAAAAAAAAUGAACAGGUUCCUCCACCGGGUUCCAGCUUUCUGAUAAGGUUCUAUUCAGAACGCACUUUUUUUUUCCUAAGAGCAUAGAAUGUGAGUAAAAAAGGCAAAUUAUCUGUCCGUUUAAAAUUAUUAUUUUAAAUUAAAUGUGCAGUAGAAUUGUGGUCAAAUUGGCGGAAUAAUUAUUGAUCAGUAAUCAGAGUUGAGCCUUUACUGUGCAGCCCUUGCUAUAGCCCAGGUGUGUGUGUGUGUGUCUGUGUGUGUGUGUUUAGGGGACUAGUAUAUUAAUAAUCGCUCCCUUUUAUCUAACAGACAUUAAAGGAAAAGUCCAGUGUUUUUUUAUGAUCAUGUUUGUAGUGAAAUGUGUAGAAAUUAUGUCUAAUCUCUCUCUCUCACAGCAACUCACACACACAACAGAUAUGGCAGAGAGAGAGGGAGAUUAGGAUUAAAAGAAAAAAUCUCUGGAACGUUCCUUUAACUCAUAUUUUCUUUAUUGUCCAAAAGCUGCUCGUUUCUCUGUGUGUGGUUUUGUUUUUCACUUCAACUGGAAAACUUUCAGUCAAACAUCAGCAGGAAUCUUUUCUUCUUUCUUUUUUUUUUUUUUGUUUUUUUACAGUGAAUGUUCAAUUUUUAUUAUUUUUAACAUUCCCUUGUUUUGGGUUUUUCAAUGAAAAAACCCCACAAACAAACACUACACCAGCAUUCGCUCAUAAACAACAGGCUACUACGCAAAAUGUAUAAUGAUGAUGAUGGAAAUGAGGAUGGUUUUUGAUAUUGCUGUUGGUCUAUUUUUUUCUCUUUUUUUUUUUCUUUUUUUGGGAGUCCAAAGUGUAACCAUGACAAACUACCUCACUCGGCUACAGACGCAUGUGAUUUUCUUUGUAUUUUUUUACGAUUGGUGUUUGUAUUUAUUGCCGUGCCGUGGCUGUCACACAGGCGACUCGAGUACCUCAGUACCUCUUUAAUGUGUUUCCCACAGCGCAGCAGACUCACCUUAUCACAACAUUACAGCUUUUAUUGUAUUAUUGUUAUAUUUCUCUACCUGUUUUUUCUUUUUCCUUUUUUUUUUUUUAAAUCUUAAGCGUUCUCUCCAGUCACAUGUUAGAACUACAAACAUGUGGGUCAAAGAUGAAAAUAUGGGCUGUUUUUUGUUUUGAUUUUUAAAUUGAAUGCUUUUUAUUUUAAAUAUAUAUAUAUAUAUCUUAGUGUUAAUCAGGACAAUAAUAAAUAAAAAUUAAAGCUGAAAGCAGCAUUUUCGGGGGCCAAGUACCCAGACUCGGUGAGCCAUGCUACACUUGUUGCAUAAGCUAUCACAGGAAAGCAGAGCUGUAACUAGAGGCAAAAGGAUUCAAGAGUGAUUUGCAGUUCGAUGCAUUUUCCACUUGGUUAUGGUUGUAGCAAAGAUAGUACUUAGAUAGAAGCAUUUUAGCAUGUUAUUGUAACUUUUGACCAGUACGUGGUGCUGUUAUGAAGUUUCUUGCAUAGACUCAGUGUAUGGUCCUGAAAUUGCCUACCAAGUUUGGUGUUCGUGCGCAAAGUGGUUGCUGAGAUACAGCCUCACUUCCUGUUCGUUGGCCCAUUACGGGCAAACCGUUCGGACUAUUAACAAUUCUUUUGAUAGCUUUUGUGAGGAUUACUCUGAAGAUGAUGUGCGCCAAAUUUGGUGAUGAUUGGACAAAAUUUGUAGGCGGUGUAGCAAAAAAAAACAUUUUGGACCGAAUCCAAGAUGGCAGAAAAUGUAAUUAGGCAUGAAUUGAGGUCAUGGGGUGCGUUGAACUCGUCUCGACCCAGAGAAUCCAGGGCUUUUUAAUUUUGGACACAUGGUUCAAAAGUUAUGACCAUAAAUGUACUUCCAAGGUAGGCCUUAAUUUGACCCGAUGGUGGCGCUAGAGCUUUGUCAUUUUGCCCAAAUUUGGUCAAUAUGUUCCUUAGACCCUCCCCAAUCAGUGUGCCAAAUUUCACAACUUUUUACCAGAUGGUUCUAUGGGCUACCGUAGACAAACUAGUCAGAAGAAGAAGAAAAGGUCGAAUUACAAUAGGGUUAUAUUCGGUGCUUGGCCCCCUAAUAAUACAUUUUAAAUAUCACAAAUUAAUCUUGGUGAAUGUUUAAUUUUUCAUUAUUUGUGGCUGGUUGUUAAAAUUGAUGUUUAUUAUUCUUUAAUUGUUGAAUUUCUUUUACAUAUAUGUGUAUUUGUGUGUACAAAGUACAAAUGUAUUUUAGUUAAAAAAUUUUUGUUUGUUUUGUUUUUUGUCUUUGACCCACAUACACACACACACACACACACAGACACACACACACACACACACACACACACACACACACAGACACACAGAGAAAGCUGUAGUGGGUGUGGUCACUCCUGUGACUGACAGUGUUCAGUAGCUGCUGGGAUUGGUUGGCCCCUCCUCAGGCCCCGCCCCCUCUCAAUUCUGACUGUAAGUUGGAUGUAUUGCUGCUUUACAGAAACAUUUACAAGAAAACAAACACACACUCACACACAUGAACCCGAUCACCUCACGAGUCGCACUCAUUUCCCCUUUUUAGCCGUGAUUCUGUCGUCGAUCGUUCACUGAGAAACUCAUCCAAUAUCAACAUAAACACCUCAGUCUGUCCUGUCUUUACAUUUAUACUGGACACACACACACACACACACACACAUUCAUACACACAGCUGCUAACGUGUCAGUGCCUCAGAUCAGAUCAGGUUAUAACGACAGUUUCACUCUUAAAAGGGGAAAACAGACUCACUCUUUGUUUUCUGGUGGAUUUAAUUUUUAUUUUUUUUAAUCCUUACGGGACUCCGUAGGGAAGCUGUCUGUAUUCGCAGGUUAAACAGUCGCAUGCCUUCACACCCGGACCUCAGUUUAUUGUAAUAAAGAAAUAAAUAAAUAAAUCAAACUGUAAAUCAUAAAUUGAAAGGUUGUUAUUUCCUUCUUUUUUUUCCUUCAUUAGAUAUCGAUUUCAUGUAAUGUUUUGUCUAAUGUUUUACAAAUCAAACAAUAAAUAACAACAUAUAAGA